AUGUCACCUAUCACAAAGGUUCAGCCAGAUCUGAGUACAUUGAGAGAAUUGGCAGCUGCUAAUGAUGAUGAAUCCAUCAAUAUGUAUCCGGUCUACGCAUACUUACCAUCGUUAGAUCUGACCCCACACGUUGCAUAUUUGAAAUUGGCUCAAUUAAACAAUCCUAAUAGACCUGAAUCUUUCCUAUUGGAAAGUGCCAAGACAAAUAAUGAAUUAGAUCGUUAUUCCUUCAUCGGUGUGGCGCCACGUAAAGUCAUCAAGACUGGUCCAAAUGAAGGUAUUGAAUAUGAUCCAUUAACUAUUUUGGAAAAAGAAAUGUCGAAAUCAAAAUUGGCAGAAAAUAUCCCCGGUAUUCCUAAAUUAAGUGGUGGUGCCAUUGGAUAUAUCUCAUACGAUUGUGUUCGUUAUUUCGAACCAAAAACAGAAAGACCAUUAAAGGACUUACUACAUGUCCCAGAAGCCUAUUUGAUGCUUUGUGAUACCAUAAUUGCAUUCGAUAACGUUUUCCAAAGAUUCCAAAUUAUUCAUAACAUUAACACUCACGAAGUAUCCCUAGAUGAUGGUUACAAAAUCGCAGUCGAGAAAAUCAACGAUAUAAUCAAAAUCUUAACAAAUACUUCUGAUCCAAUCCCAUACCCAGAACAACCAAAGAUCAAACUAGGUCAAACAUUCACAUCAAACGUCGGUAAAGAAGGUUACGAAGCUCACGUUUCCAAUUUGAAAGCUCAUAUCAAGAAAGGUGACAUCAUUCAAGGUGUACCCUCUCAACGUGUUGCAAGACCAACUUCAUUACAUCCUUUCAACAUAUAUCGUCAUUUACGUACAGUGAACCCAUCUCCAUAUUUAUUCUACAUUGAUUGUCUUGAUUUCCAAAUAAUCGGUGCAUCCCCAGAAUUAUUAUGUAAAUCAGAUAAUAAGAAUAAAGUAAUUACACAUCCAAUUGCAGGGACAGUGAAGAGAGGUUCUACUACGGAAGAGGAUGAUAUCUUAGCGGAUCAAUUACGUGGGUCUUUGAAAGAUCGUGCUGAACAUGUCAUGUUGGUAGAUUUGGCUCGUAAUGAUAUUAAUAGAGUUUGCGAUCCAAUGACUACUAACGUUGAUAAAUUGUUGACUGUGCAAAAGUUUUCUCACGUGCAACAUUUGGUUUCACAAGUUAGUGGGACUUUGAGACCUGAUAAGACUAGAUUCGACGCGUUUAGAUCGAUUUUCCCUGCCGGUACAGUUAGUGGAGCUCCAAAAGUGAAAGCUAUGGAAUUGAUUGCUGAACUGGAAGGUGAAAGACGUGGUGUUUAUGCAGGUGCUGUGGGUAAUUGGUCUUAUGAUGGUAAAAGUAUGGAUACCUGUAUCGCGUUGAGAACUAUGGUUUAUAAAGAAGGCAUUGCAUAUUUACAAGCUGGUGGUGGUAUUGUUUAUGAUUCUGAUGAAUAUGAUGAAUAUAUUGAAACUAUGAAUAAGAUGAUGGCUAACCAUAACACUAUUGUUCAAGCGGAAGAAAUCUGGGCCAACAAAGUUGGCUCUUUGUAA